CCCCUAACUUUUUCUCUCUCCCCUAAAAUAAUUCGAACAAAGAGAAUAAAAAGCAAACUUGUUGAGAAUAAAUACACAGCAGAGAAACUUUGAACCCAAAAAAAAAAGAAGAAAAAAACGAAACUUUGAAGUUGCUCCAAAGGAAAGGAAAGGAAAGCUCACCAGAAGAAAUUGCAAAGAGAGGAGAAAAAAAGAAUCUUCUUCACGCCACAGAGAGACCCAAAUUUUCAUACUUUCUUCAAUCAAUCAAUGGAGUUCCCUCCGCCUCAGGAGAGAUCAAAGCGCCUCCACAACUUCACCUUACCUUAUCUCCGAUGGGGUGAGCAGAGAUUCCUCAGGUGCGUCAAGCUCGCUUCUUCUCCCGAUCACAGAUCUCCCGCUGUUGACGGAGGAGGAGAGUUUGGAGACGGGAAGCUAAGGCUCGAUCCACCAAAGGUGUCGACUUUGGGGAAUGGAGGAGGCGAUGCAGCUCGGCCGUGGAAUCUGAGGACGAGGAGAGCUGCUUGCAACGAGCCGGGAGAUGAGGAGCCCACUGGCGUCGUCGUCAAGAGAGGUGGUAGUCACGAAGGAGAUUCAUCGCCGCAGAAAUUGAAAUUCUCUGUUUCUUUGUUGAGACAAGAGAUCGAAGAUGAUUUCACUGCCUUCGUUGGCAAAAAGCCUACUCGUAGGCCCAAGAAGAGACCGAGACCUGUCCAGAAGCAAAUUAAUACUCUUUUCCCCGGAUUGUGGCUUGCAGAAGAAGUAACAGCAUGCUCUUACGACGUCCCUGAGGCUGCUGCUGAAACAUGAUCAAAGAGUUUGAUUGUGGUUCAUGGAGAAAUCCUGAUGGUGAUAUCGCUCGCCUCAAGGCUGGAAACUGGAGUGUAACUUUACGUGUUUGCUACAAGAUGAAAACAGGAGGAACGCAAACUCGCGGGUCCUUCUCAGGUUUUGAAUUUUUUCAACUUUUUACUGAUAAGAGAAGCUUUCGGUGUUAAUUACAUUACAUCAGUACUAUCGUAUAUCAAAGACUGAGAUAAUGCGCGGUGUCGUGGAGCAAGGUCUUAGCAUUGGAUGAUCUCUGAAGUUAGCACCUUGGAAGUUUCUUUGCUUGAUGGAAUGAAUGUGUGUAUAUGUUGUUAGUUUAGGGUCUCUUUGUCUGAUUGAUACUGUUGUUUCUGUCAGGAUGAUGAUGGAGAUUUGAUCAGUGGUAAAGACUGAGCUGUGUAUCAAAUCUAAAUCAUGAAAAAAUGUACAAUUAUGACUGAGCUGUGUAUCACAUGAUCUAAAGCUUUAAUAAUAAGGAAUGAUCUAAGAAAAGCAAUGAGGCAGAGUUUAGAUACGGAAUCAACAUACAUGAUGAGUUCAAUGUAACAGGAUAUAC